CAGUGGGACUACAGUUCCCUGGGAGCUCCGCGGAGGUGUUAGUUGUCAAUAUGGCUGUUGUCAGACAGACAAAGCGGAGAGGCAAAUAAUUCUGCUCUGAUUAGAAAUCCUUGGAAAAGGGUCGGACGGGGCACUUGGAUCUGAGUGCGUUCAUUGUUCCGCUGCAGUUCCACACACCGCGGCUCUUUGUUCCGGUUCGGAAGUUAAAUGGUCCAGUGGCCCAUCGGAACCCAGCAGCAGCAGGAUGUCUGACUUCAGCGAGGAGCCGCGCUUCACUAUCGAGCAGAUAGAUCUGCUGCAGCGGCUGCGGCGCACCGGCAUGACCAAGCAGGAGAUCCUGCACGCGCUCGACACUCUGGACCGGCUGGACCGGGAGCAUGGCGACAAGUUUGGACGCCGCACCUCUUCCUCCUCAUCUUCCUCGUCCUCCUACGGAGUAGGCGGGGCCAACAGCUGCACCACCAACAACUCUGCCUCGAACACCACCACGUCAUUCAGUAAUAACAACACUGCCUCGGCAACCGCCACCACCUCUUCUGUGUCGUGCAACGGCAACAACGGCGAGGGCGGCGCCGUCGAUCACUCUGCCUCCGCCGCCACCGCCGCCUCUUCCACGACUCCCAAAAUAUCCACCGCCACCCAGACGCUGUACGCUAGUAGUGGCGGCGGCGGGCUCUCGCCAUCUCCCAGCAAUAGCUACGAUACCUCCCCGCCUCCCGGGCCGCCGCCGCCUUCGGCCAUCCUGCCCUCGCCGGUGUCGCUGGUGGCGCUGUCGCAGAACGGUCGCGAUAGCCUCGCCGCCACCCCCAACGGGAAGCUGUCUCCUCCCAGGUACCCGGUGAACAGCGCGGCGGCCGCCCGCACCUUCGGCUUCGAAGCCGCGGAAGAAGACCUGGACAUCGACGAUAAGGUGGAAGAGCUGAUGAGGAGGGACAGCAGUAUGGUGAAGGAGGAGAUCAAGGCUUUCCUGGGGAACAGGAGGAUUUCUCAGGCCGUGGUGGCUCAGGUCACAGGCAUCAGCCAGAGCAGGAUCUCCCAUUGGCUGCUGCAGCACGGCUCCGACCUGAGCGAGCAGAAGAAGAGGGCCUUCUACCGCUGGUAUACGCUGGAGAAAACCACACCAGGUGCCACCCUGAACAUGCGUCCUGCCCCGCUGCCUCUGGAGGAGAUGGAGUGGAGACAAACCCCGCCCCCCCUCAGCACCGCCCCUGGAACGUUCCGUCUGCGUCGUGGAAGUCGCUUCACCUGGAGGAAGGAGUGUCUGGCAGUGAUGGAGAGAUGCCCAAAAAACCUGCAGUGGACAAAGAUACCAUUUUUGCAGUUCUCUGCACAUGGAAAGAGGCCAUACUCCAAAAUGGAAACAUAGCCACUCCAAAUGCCACUGUAUGGACAGAGAUGAGUGAGCAGCUGGGAAAUAAAAUCUCUGCAAAGGCUCUGUACACCUUUGUUAAAUUAAACAGACACAACGUCUGGUCAACUUUAGGCUUCAGUCAUCACACAAGUGAUCCUGAAACUGAUGACACAGGCUCUGAGUCAGGUUCCCUUUCUCAUGGACGAACAGAUUAUCAGACUUUUCAACUCAAUGUUCCUUUUGACAAAUGGAGAGAAUUUA